AUGGCACACACAGACUCCCCCGUAGUCCAUCUCCUUCAACAACUCAUGGCGAUCCCGUCGGUGAGCGAGGAUGAAUACGAAAUUGGCCAGUUCCUCGCGCAAUAUCUCUCAGCCCGCGGCUACACGGUGGAAUUGAUCCCCAUCGACUCCAGCGGCCGGCGCAACAACGUCUACGCAUACCUCGGCCGCGAUCGCCAGGCGCGCACCUGUCUAACCUCCCACAUGGACACGGUGCCGCCACACAUCGAGUGGCGGCUCGACGGCGACAUCAUCUACGGCCGCGGCGCGUGUGACGACAAAGGGCCGCUGGCGGCACAGAUCGUGGCGGCCGAAGAACUCCGGGCCGAAGGGCUGCUCCAGCCAGGCGACACGUCUCUCCUGUUCGUCGUGGGCGAGGAGAAGGGCGGGCCGGGCAUGCUUGCGGCCAACGACAUGAACCUGUCAUGGGAGGCCAUCGUCUUCGGCGAGCCCACCGAAGGCAAGCUGGCCGUCGGCCACAAGGGCCACUAUGUCUUCGAGCUGUACGCACAAGGCGUCGCCUGUCAUUCGGGAUACCCGGAGCAAGGCUACAGUGCCACCGCCACCCUGGUCGCCCUCCUCGACGAGCUGCAGUCUCUCCAAUAUCCGGUCUCCACGCUGUUGGGCCCAACCACUUUUAACUGCGGCAAGGUGCAGGGCGGAAUGGCCUACAAUGUCCUGGCGGCCGAUGCUUACGCCCUCUGUGGCAUUCGCGUCGCGGCUGAUCUGCCCGACAUUGAACAACUGGUGCAGCACACCGUAGCGAAAUACCCAAAUGUCACGCUGAAGAAGAACUUUGCUUAUCCCGAGACGUUGCUGGACCAUGAAGUCGAGGGCUUAGAGGCGAUGCCCGUGUCGUUUGGAACAGACAUCCCCCGGCUCCGUGGCAACCACAAGCGAUACUUGUACGGGCCCGGCUCGAUUCUACACGCUCACGGCGAGAAUGAGCAAGUGGCCAUCCCAGACCUGAUUCGCUGUGUGCAGGUGUACAAGCAACUGGUCAAGAUGUCUUUGGGUAUCAAAUAG